UGAACACCAUGCAAACAGAGUGAUGCGAAAUCAAAUUUCAUGUCGAAAUCCACAAGUCGAAGCAAAGCAGAAAAGGCCAAGAAUGCUAAUGCGCCUUCUGUUACACAAGACGUGAUUGCUGGAAAAUUUACUGAAUCCGAAUGGUUUGCGUAAACUUGAUUGUUACACAUUUAGGAAUGAAUUGAUUGAAUAUGAUUUGGCAGAGAAGAUAUGCUAUGAGAUCGUUCAGGAUAUAGUUGAUGUGUCACUCAGUGACAUCUUUCAGAUAUAUUUAAAAAAUCAGCUGAUACCAUUUACAGUUCAUCAAGCGUCUCUGUGUUUUUUACAAUACAUUGAUUUAGAGUUCAUGUCCUGUGACCAAGGAGAACCUGAUAUUAAUCUUAACCCAGAAUGGCUCGAAGAUGAACUUGCUGAGUCAAGUAAGAUUGAUUCAUGGGCUCAAGGAGCGAUUUCUAAAACCUUUUAUACAAAGGUUUUAGACAAUGUUCAACCUCAGAAAGAUCAUCAGUUAGCACAGAAAGCUGACCUCAACCUUACACAUAAAAAUGAAGAUAUCACUGAAAAAAAUGAAACUAUUCCCAAGAAAGAUACAAUUGACAAUAUCAACAAUGAUCAACAUUCCAUUCAAAUAACCAAUCAACAGAAGAAAUCUCGAACAUUGAAAAAGAUUGUAAAUAAAGAUCACACUAAAAUAUCCACUGAACAGAAAAAAGAUUCAAUUCUUGAAUCAACGAACCAAUCGAACAAUUAUUCCACAAUCAAAUCAUCUUUAGAUAAUCUGUCAAUGGAAAAUAGAUUACUUAAAAAUGAAACUAGUAGUAGUAGUAAUAACAACAACAACAUUAUUAUUGAUCAAGAAUCGAACCGACAUAGAAAGAAGCCAGUGAAAUCUACUAUGAAACAAAUACCAGAAACUAUGCUAAAAUGUAAACGUAUCAAUGGAUCAGGGAAAUUAAUUUUCGAUGAUGAAGGAAAUUUAAUCAGUGUGCCUAAAUUAUAUCCAGCUAAUAAUAGCAAUAAUAGCAAUAAUAAACAAGACGAAUCACUGACAACCAAUUCAUAUUCAUCCAGUGGAAUUGAUAAUAACAUUUUGGGCAAUAAAAUCCCCAUUCAAUGGCGUUUUGUAUCCGAGUCAUACUGUUCUAAUAAUACUACUACUACUACUAAUAAUAAUAAUAUCAACAAAAAUACAAUUCACAAUCAGUUUGAUAUAAAAUUGAAUAGUCAACAAAUAAGAACAGCCAGAUCAUCGAUAUCCAAUUCAACAAAUAAACUGAAAACCCGUAAUCAUAGUUUAGAUUUCACUGUUGUUGAUGAUGAUGAUCAUGAUGCCCAACUUCAGUUGGAUAGAAUACGUUUGCAAAAAAUUAAAAAUGCAUCGAUCAAUUUACCGAAUACCAUCGAUUUGAUUGAUUUAAUGCCUGGUGUUACAAUCACCGAUGGGGAACAUUUGAAAAUUAGUCAAUUCACAAAUGAACAGUUCACUUCUAUUUUAAAUACAAAUUGGAAUAAUCUUGAAGAAAUUCCAUCAGUUAAAACAAAUUAA